AUGUCUGAUGGCGAAGUUCUGCGUGCUUGCCAGGACCAGGUGAUUCCACGAUGCUUUUCAACAACCGAAGACUUUUUCAGAGAAAAGAAGAUUCAGACCAAGCUGGAACCUUGGAAGAUUCCUGCCGGAAUGUCACCGCAGGAUGCAACUGAGCAGCUGAGACAGCUGAUGGAAUCAUACCCCCCUGGUCACGACGGCGUUGAUGCUGGUGGGUUCCGUGUCCUGCAAGCCCAGCCGAAGUACUUGUAUGCGCAAUUCGCCAGUUUUAUUGGAUUAAUCUCAGAUGUUGAAUUUGCGGUUAUGGACAAUGGUUACGUGCAGAUCAGAUCGGCUUUGCGAUCCAUGGCCGAAGAUGCGUUCGGGAAUAUUCAUACCCCCCCAGACAGUUUGCUCAAUGCCAAGCGACUGAACUGGUUUGCAGAACGCUUGCGGAAGAUGGGGUGGUCAGCGCCAGAAAUCACGGAGCAGACCCACCCGGAAUAUUUCGCUGAAAAUGUCAAGGCUGGUAUGAAGACCGUCGGCCUGGAGUUCAUGCCCGAGCGCGAAGGGGAUCCAAAGCCAGAGUACUGGUGA